AUGCCCCGCCCCCGCAGAUCCCACACCCUGGGCGCCUGUCGGACCUGCCGUCGCCGUCAUGUCAAGUGCGACCAGAAACGCCCGGCCUGCGGCACCUGUCGAACCCUCGGGGUGCCCUGUGAAGGCUUCGCUAACGAGGUCCGGUGGAUGCGCGACGGUAGUGACGACGGCGAUGACGGCAGCAAGGCCGAGGAGCAGCAGGGAGCUCGCCGUCAUCUCUAUACAGAACAAUUACGGCAGUCGAUGAGCACGUCGCUCGGAUCAAACCUCGUCUCCGGCUCUAUUAGCGCCUCCCUGGCCGAGAUAGAUCUCAAAACACGCGAUGCUGAACAUCCCGGCGGCGAUAUCGUCAUCGGCCCGUUCGGCGUGCUUGAUUUCGGCUCGACCCAGCCGCAGGAAAAAAAGCAGGACAGCCAGAAAAUGACGCCAAAGCAGCUAGAGCCAAGCAGGGAAGCUCCUCACAGCCCGCCGCAGACGGCCUCUACCGCAGGGCAAGAGAUACAGGAAUUGCCGACUCUUGUCAACGACUCCCCCUCGUACAUCGAUGACUUUUUGCAUUGGUCCGAUAUUCUCGGCCUGAGCCCUGAGCAGCCAGGCUUCUUCCAGCCAUCCAUGCUUGACUUGGAUACGUAUCUGGCCGAUCCCAUCCCAGAAUCCUUUGAUGUAGACAUGAACGUGGAGACGCGCGCGGGACCCAGGAGUAUGGCCAUCCCGACACCUCCAAGUAGCGCUAUGGAGAUGGCCUCUACCUUUCUCGACGCGGCCGCCCUGGCAGAUGCCCCAUAUCUGUUCAAGCACUUUAAUGAGAAUGUAGUACCGCAAAUGAUGAUCAUGCCGCUUGGUGACAAGUCGCCGUGGCGGAUACUUAAUCUCUCUGCCGCAAUGGCGACAUACAACGAACUCACCAUUCUCGGCUCCCAGAGUAUUAGCCAUGCACGGCUAGCGAAUCUUUAUGCCCUCCUCGCAUGCUCGGCGGCUCAUCUCUCUAUAUCACACGGCUCCACCGUCUCCACCGGCUCCACGCAUUGGCAGCAGGCGUCCGGUCAGAUGUUCGAGCAAGCCAGAGACCACAUGCAGAAAUCGCUAAAGUUGGAAACGCGUGAGCCCAAACGGGCCAAGUAUAAAGAUCAACUGAUGGCUAUCUGUUGCUUGAUUCAAUACACAGUCAUUUCAGGGCAGCAGCAACAUGGGAGGAGCUUCAUGGUCAAUGCAGAAUACAUCCUGCGCAUGCGUGGCCUGCUCAAGCACCGGAUCUCACAAAAGUCACGACUUUUACACCACGUUUACACUUGGCUGCGUCUGGUCGGAGAGAGCACGUAUGUCCUGCACGAUUACAAUCCAUCCAGCACUUUUAUCGAAGCAUUGAAAUCAAACUUCCAACGGCCACGGGUAGAUCCAAUUGUAGACAGUUCCCCAGAGCUUAACCCACGACUGGAUGAUUUCCUGCGCCUGGAAGCCCACGACGCAGACAGUGAUCUGAACAUCAACGAACCAAAAGAUGAACAAACCGGGCUACACGAUAUCCAUCUACAGGACUCACGCAGUUUCUCAAAUACCCUAUACAAGCAAGUCUACGGCAUCCCUGAGACCUGGUUGAGUUUACUGUCUCAAACAACACGACUGGCGAACGUCAUGGAAACGUUCCGCAUUGCCCAGCAGGCCUGCGGGAAUACAAGCCUCGAUGCGUGGGAAACCCUCCAUCGGCGCAGCGUCAGGCUGGAAAAUCUGAUCUGCUCUUGCGAUCUCUCUCUUGUACGAGACGCGUUCAGGCCGCACGAUCAUAUGCUCCGAGCCCUCAAUGCGGCGCUGGUUAUUUUCUUCUACCGUCGUAUACGCCGGCUGCCUUGCCGCCUGAACAUCGCACUGGACCUGGAGCUACAUGGCCGGCGUUUAUUGCAGGUUGCGAAGCCCUCUCAUCUCAGCGGCGAGAGGCGAUUCUGGCAUGGCUUGACAAUGCCAUCUCAAACAGCGGCCCUGCCAGUUUCAGCGCCGCGAGAGAUAUCAUGGUCGACCUGUGGCAUAAGCAGGACGAGCAUCUAG